AUGUCUUCCCGCCUUUCGGGCGAUGCCAAGGACGAAGCCAAGUUCUCUAGUGCAACACCUGCAGCUGAGCCUCCAACUAACCAACGACCUCCUUCGAUAAAGCAUAUAACUAAGGACAGCAGCCCAAGCAAAGAAAAGCUUCCUGUUGAAGACGCCGUCGAAGUUGAUGCCGAUCUUGAGGAUGAAAAUGACCCCGAGAUCAGCCAGAUCCCUCCAGAGGUGAGGCGAGUCGUCAGUCUUCACGAUGAUACGACUUUGCCCACCUUAACAUUUCGUUAUUUUGUCCUCUCCAUUCUCUUCGUCAUCCCGGGAGCUUUUCUAUCUUCGAUGAAUAGCUACCGAACCACGUAUGCGCCCUACUCAGUUUUCUUCGUCCAGAUCGCCUCCAAUUAUGUCGGCCUCUGGCUUGCCCGCGUGCUUCCUAAUCGCCAAUUCCGCAUUCCCUUCACCCGUUGGUCUUUCAACAUGAACCCAGGUCCAUGGUCGGUCAAGGAGCAUGUCUUAAUCACCUUAACAGCAGCCUCUGGUGCGACAGGCAAUGGAGGCACUACGCCUAUCGCGCUUGGCGACCUCUAUUUUAACGAACGGCUUCAUCCCGCAGCGGCCAUCUUUUUCAUGUGGUCCAUCGAUGCUACCGGGUACGCCUUUGCUGCUCUCGCACGUCAAAUUCUGCUAUACGAACCGGCAUACCCUUGGUUCCAGGCCCUUUGCCAAGCUGCGCUUUUCGAAACCCAGAGUCGACAGAACAAGAAUCCGACUCCGACCGCGCGCAAGCAGAUGCGCGUGUUCUGGUGGGUGCUCCUCGGUAUCACGCUCUGGCAGUUCUUACCAGAAUACGCAUUCCCAAUGCUGAACUCGAUGGCCUUUUUGUGCUGGGUUGCUCCUCAUAAUCCUGUUGCCAACUUUAUCGGAUCUGGUCUUGGGGCCAACCCGACUCUUCCAACAAGAACAGUUCCGUCCUCUCCCUAUGCUUUCCUCGUCGGCGCGGCCUGUCCGGCUAUCAUAUACACGCUCCACCGGCUAUUCCCUCGAGCUAAAUUCCACCUUUUCAACACCACCAUCUUUUUCAGCGGCGCGUCUAUCUUCUACGGCAACGUGUCGACAGGGUACUUCUCACGUUUCAUAGGAGGAUUCGUUGUUAUGUUUUGGGCGUAUAGGUACCGCUACCAGCUAUGGGCCAAGUACAACUUCAUCCUGGCGGCUGCGUUCGACGCAGGGUUCAACCUGAACAUGCUCUUGAUAUUCUUAAUAUUCGGCAGCGCAAAGGUCAUUGGCAUGCCGAAUUGGUGGGGGAAUGAUGCGGCCAGCGUGGAGAAAUGCUAUGCGCUUGAGUAG